CACCGGGUGGGACGCUUCAUUUGAACGAUACAGAAAUGUUGACCAGUUUUCUGGUUUAGGUAGCGACAACCUGUGGAAGAUUCCGGCUGGACAGAGCUUACCAUCGAGAGUAUAAGCUAUUUUACCUCAUAGCAAGAGAAAAAAUCCACAGGAAGACACGAUGGAAAACCCACCAACAUACGAAGGAAACACUGGCGCUGGGGCAUCAUACCAGGACCCAUCUUUUGGUGGAAAAGAGCCGAUCCCAGUCAGCACCAGGGACGUAGAAAUGAAUGCCUCACCACCAACUUAUGAUUCCUUAUUUGGGAAACUGAAAGCAGCAAAUGCAAACUCAGAAAAUAAGGUCGGCUUCGCCAAAUCGGCUAUGGCUAUCAUAUGUGGCUCAGUUAUUUUCAUCAUAUGCAUCGGGUUCGCCCUGGCAAUACCCAUAGCAGAAAUAGCCAUCGGUGCGUCCUACCUUCACGACUGUCCAGCACAGCGAUUGAUACCUAUCUACCUGAUAGUGGCAGGCGUGUUCGGCACUCUCAAAGGACUCGGACUUAUGGGCCAGAGCGUCAAAUCGAGGAAAGAACAGACCGAUGGCGCAGAGGCUGAAAACAAUAAGACGACAAAUCCCUUUGACAGCAUUCUCAAUCUCUUUUUGUUCGCGUGGUUUAUUUGUGGAAAUGUAUGGGUGUAUGGAUUGAAAGAUGAAUGGGUGUCCUCGCCUACUACCGCUGGGAACUACUGUCACCCGACACUUUACUACUUCUCAUUCUGGAUCAUAACCCUUGCUUACAUCAUGAUGGGUGUCGGUUGUCUCUUCGGCUGUCUCAUCACUGUCAUCAUCUGCUGUUUUGCUGCUAAGGGUGGUGGCGAAUAAAUUCACGUGACAUGAUGGUCCAUAUUUCAGGCACAGUUGUUCGGCUCAAGUAACUAGAUUGUGAAACAACGGAAUAACUCGGAAUUAUAUAUACAAAUUGACAGGACAGUCAAACCGCUGGAAUAGCCGGAUUAUAGGGACAAGAAAAUCAAUGGAACAUCUAGAUAAUAAGGAAACCCAUGUCAGUUGAACUGCCGGAUUACUUUGUCAACUAGAUAAGCGGGACAGCCGACUAAGUGUUGGAGAAAUAAGGAAGCUUGAUCGCAUAGUUCACACAACAAAGACGUUCUGCGAAAAAAACCUCAGUUAAAAAUCUUUUAAAUGCAUAGUUGUUUUUUGUUACAUUGCCAAAAAAGGCAGAGGAGAAAGACAAUGAUUAUUGACUUGAUGUUCUAGAGAUA